AUGCGGGCCCUGAUACCCUCAGCCUUCCUCCUGUUGCUCUCGGGGGCUCUGACCCUGACCCAGACCUGGGCGGGCUCCCACUCCCUGAGGUUUUUCUACACCGGCGUGUCCCGGCCCGGCCGCGGGGAGCCCCGCUUCAUCGCCGUCGGCUACGUGGACGACACGCAGGUCGUGUGGUUCGAUAGCGACGCCGCGAGUCCGAGGAUGGAGCCGCGGGCGCCGUGGGUGGAGCAGGUGGGGCGCGGGUAUUGGGAAGAAGAGACGCGGAUCAUCAAGGGAACUGCACAGACUUUCCGAGCGAGGCUGCACACCCUGCGCGGCUACUACAACCAGAGCGAGGCCGGGUCUCACACCUUGCAGGACAUGUAUGGCUGCUACGUGGGGCCGGACGGGCGCCUCCUCCGCGGGUACAGGCAGUAUGCCUACGACGGCGCAGAUUUCAUCGCCCUGAACGAGGACCUGCGCUCCUGGACCGCGGCGGACACUGCGGCUCAGAUCACCCGGCGCGAGUGGGAGGAGGACGGUGUGGCGGAGGACUUCAGGAACUACCUGGAUGGGAAGUGCGUGGUGUGGCUCCGCAGAUACCUGGAGAUCGGGAAGGAGACGCUGCAGCGCGCGGACCCUCCAAACACACACGUGACCCACCACCACAUCUCUGCCCAUGAGGUCACCCUGAGGUGCUGGGCCCUGGGCUUCUACCCUGUGGAGAUCACCCUGACCUGGCAGCGUGAUGGGGAGGACCUGACCCAGGACAUGGAGCUUGUGGAGACCAGGCCUGCAGGGGACGGGACCUUCCAGAAGUGGGCAGCUGUGGUGGUGCCUUCUGGAGAGGAACAGAGAUACACGUGCCAUGUGCAGCACGAGGGGCUGCCUGAGCCCCUCACCCUGAGAUGGGUGCCGCCACCUCUGUCCAUCAUCCCUAUUGUGGGCAUCAUUGCUGGCCUGGUUUUUCUUGGAGCUGCAGUGGCUGGAGCUGUCAUGUGGAGGAAGAAACGCUCAGGUGGAAAAGGAGGGAGCUACGCUCAGGCUGCAAGCAGCGACAGUGCCCAAGUCUUUGAUGUGUCUGACAUGGCAGCAUGAGACAGCUGCCUUGUGGGGGACUGAGUGAGGAACCUUAUGUGGUCUAAAGGAUGCAUGAACUACUUCAGACUCAACCAAGUAGUGGUCCUGAUGCUGCUGCUGUGCUGGAUGUGAUGUCACUGCUAGAGCAGGUUAGUAAGGCCUCAGGCACAUGGCAUGUGGCUGUAGAUUUGGUGAGUGUGUUCUGUUUUGUUCAGUUAGAAAAGUGGAGGUGGAAUGAAUAGCAUGCAGGUGGAAGGAACAACAUUUAUUUAUAGUUUGCCUUAGGGCUCUUUUAACUCUCCUAUCCUCUAUAAUAUAGCCUUAAGGGAUCCGGACCUCCUGGACAUCCUAAAGAAUAUCACAUUAGUUCAUUUCACUGACAACAUGUUGAUUUGGGAUGGAUGAGCAAGAUGCAGAAUGUAGGCUGGAGGCCUUGGUCAAACAUGUGCAUUCAGAGGGUAGAAGAUAAACCUGACAAAGGCUCAGGGAGUGGCCACCUCAGUUCAGCUCUAGAUGUCUAGUGGUUAGGGGUGUGCAGGGAUGUCCCCUCCAACGUAAAAGACAAACUGUGCAUCUUGCAUACCUCACUGCAAAGAAGGAAGCACACUGCCUGGUAGGCCUUUUUUGGUUCUUACAACAACAAAUUCCACACCUAGGUACAUUGUUUGGCCCAUAUUCUGGGUUAACACAGAAAUAUUCUGGCUUUGAGUGGAGCUUGGACAUGAAAGGACACUGCAGUAGAUCCAGGCCGUGGUUCAUUCAGCCAUCAUCCAUCAGACCCAAUGGUGUUGGAGGUGUCAGUGGUGGAAAAGAUGCCAUGUGGAGCUAAAUCAAGCACCAGUGGGAGAAUCCCAUGCUGGUCCCUGUGAUUCUGAAGGAAAGCCAUGCCAUCCACAGCAGAAAAAUAUACUACUUUUUGGAAACAACUUUAGGUGGGUUGCUAGGCCCUCAUAAGAUAGAAUCCUUGACCAUGGGAUACCAAGCAGCCAUGUGAUUAUAAAUCACCAUAUGUGCUGCGUUCUGCAUAACCAACUAAGUCAUAAAUUGGACAGGUCCACAGUAGUCCAUCAUAAGAUGGAAAUGGUACAUCUGUGGUUAAGCCAGAAUCUCAUGUCCACACUCACCAGAAAGCAUUCACCCCUGCAAGACACUCAACAACCAAGAAGAUAAAUUGACUUUAGCAAGACUUCAUCGCUGGCCAACCCGGGAGUAGCAGGAUGGGCACAUGAGUGGAGUGACCACAAUGGCAGAGAUGAGACUAAAUAUGGGUCCAGCAGCAGUGACUCCCACUUACCAAGGCUACUGCCACCUCCGAUUGUCCAUCUUGUCAGUGUUAGACCAAUACUGGGCUCUGAUAUAGCACUGUUUCUAUAGAUGACCAACUAGCUACCAGGUGACAAGUUGACUAGAGUGAACUCCUUCCAUCCUGGGAGGGUCAGAGGUUCAUCCUCACAGGGAUAGACAGCUAUUUCUUGUGUGGGUUUUCCUUUCUUGUCCUCAGAACUUCAGGCAGCACCACUAUCUGGGGGCCUAUCAAAUGACUGAUCCGCAGGCUUGGAAUGGUUCUUAGCACAGUAUCCAACCCGGGACACACUUCGUAGUGAAGGGGGUGCAGGAUGGGCCAUGAACAUGGGAUCCACUGGUCAUAUCACAAUCUUCACCAUACAGGGGCUACUGGCCACUACAGAACUCUGGACAGGCCUUCUGAAGGCACAUCUGAUGCACCAGCUUUGAGGAAAUGCUCUGAAGGGAUGUGGUUACGUCUUUUAGGACACAGUAUAUUUAUUAGUCAGAGACCUCUAUAUGGUGCUGUGUUCUCAACAGGAAAAGUAUGUGGGUGCAGGAGAGGUGGAACUAGGUGUGGCUCCACUUACCAUCACUUCCAGUCAUCCACCAGGGGGUUUUAUACUUCCUGUCUCUACAACUCUGGGCUCUGCAGGGUAGGAGGUCCUGGUUCUCAAACCAAAAGGGGGGCAUUUUUACAAGAGCACAUGACAGAGUCCCAUUGAAUUAUAUAUUAUGAUUGUCACUAGGGAAGUUUAGACUUUAUGUGCCUGGAGACCAUUCCUCAAGGGAGGAGUAAUUCACCCUCAUCUGUAGGAGGGAGGUGGGGCUAUUGUCACACAUGGGGGCAGGUGGAAUAUGUGUGUAACAUGGGUGAUAGACUUGGGUGCCUCCUGGUUCCCCCCUGUUCCACUGUAACUGUGACAGGACGUGUGCAGCAACCCAGCCUGAGAAGGGUUUGAGUUUCAAGGGCCCAGACCCCUUAGAUAGGAAGGGUCAUAUUAGGUCACAUCCUCCAGGUAAGCCACAAGGACCCCCACUCCUGUGCUCUGAAAUCCAUGGCAGCAUUUGUGCAGAGACCUUGCUUCCGAUGGGCUGUUCCCAGAACGACUGGACACUAAGGUCAUUCCUGGGAGACAUGGGGAUCCUCUGAUGCCUGAAUGUGGCCUAAGGAUUCCUCAUGGCCUUGCCUAACUUCACUUAAAUUGCCUGGUGGUCCAAGAUCACCUCCUCUCUCCUCUCUUUCUGACCAUCAUUUGCAGGUCAGACUUGCAUCUCGGUCUGCUGCCUCUCCAAGUGUUUUCUGGCUCCCUCCUCAUAUUCUCUGACAGAUGUUUCUUCUGAUAAAGUAUUGCUGAGUUUAAUCUCAUCUUGGUGUCUGCUUCUUGGAGGACUCAGAAUAACAAAAUCAUGUUUGUUUGUAUACCAACAACCUAUUACUUAUUCCAUCUUGUAAAAUCCUUCUCUUUACCCAGCUUCUCCUGCUAGCAUCCUCUCAGUUUUGCUUGUGCUUGUAGUAUCUCUUUGAGGUAAUAGAUGUUUGUCAUUUUAAGCCACUAAAUUCUGGGGUUGUUUGUUACCCAGCAAUAGAUAACUAAUAACUCUCAAGUUUCUAUUAGUCUACCUCUCUUUGAUAUCCGUGCACUUGAAAAUGUUCUCUCUCCUCACUCUUUCCAAUUACUUUC